AUGGAUACUCAAUCCGUCUACGAAAGCCAGCUAAAUGUCAUUACAGCUGAUUUCCAGAUAGACAAAGAAUUUUUGAAAGCAGAUUUUAUGUCAACUACCAACUCUUCAAAAAGAAAUGCCUUCUUCCAAACCUACAAAGAGGCUGAGCGAAAUGAAUUAAGAGCUCAGUGGUAUUCUCAUAUGGAAACCAUCAAAGAAAAUAUACCAUUCUUCGAAUGGUUUGAAGAAAAUAUUCUGCAGAUAUGCACCUUGACCCAGAGGAGUUGGAAGACUACCAAAAGAGGCGAGGUAUAUUCGAAACAUCCUCCGUUAGAAGAAGUCGAAUUCGACAACUACUACGGAGAAAAGGUCAAAGCUAGCCCUUUCAAACAUAUUCCGGAAGGACUAGAAAAGGGUAAUCCGACCCUAAAAGAUAUCAAGAAUAUCCAGCAUCAAAACAAUUAUUCAAAUAAGAUUUUAUCCACGAUCGCUACUCAACUUGAAAGUAUCGAGGGAAAAAUCUCAAAGAAAUCAGGUACUCAGCAGGAACAGGCAAGCAGCUCUGUACCAAAGGUUGAUGAGUCAAUACCAAUACUCAGACCAGCAAAUCUCGAAAUAUUUACAAAAAGGAUUUCAAAAGAAGAGGCUGCAAUGGCCAAGAUAGAGGAAAAGUUGGACAGGAUAUUAAAUCCCGCCAUGACGCCUCAAGAUUCAUCUGUCAAUGUCGUUAACAAUGACGACGAGAACCAAGAAUUCGAAGACGAGAUUGCAAAUGAGAGAGAGGAACCUUUCUACAAUCGAAUUGAAAGGAUCUCUAGAAGAAGUCAAAAUAAUGCCAGUAAUCAAAAAAACUGGUAUCCUCAACCGUCUUUUCCGGAUAUCCAAUUCGAAGAAAAGACACUACAAACUCAAGCUCAUUACGAUGGUUUAGCAAUCUAUGAAUGGAAUAUCGAUGGAUUGUCUGACUAUCUGAUAAUGAAUGUUGUCAAUGAGAUGAUGAUGGCCGCAGGCGCGUAUAAAUUACAAGGCCAUAAAUCCGACCAUCAGAUAGCUCAAGUUUUGGUAACCGGAUUUACCGGGCAACUCAAGGAUUGGUGGGACAAAUAUCUCGACGAAACGACCCGCCAACAGAUAUUAAACCACUAUGUCAUUAGACCAACUACUCAAAUUAUCAAAGAAGAAGGUCCAUCAACUAGGACCGAGGUACAACAUGAAAGGGUAGAGGAUGCUGUCAACACCCUCAUAUAUACCCUCAUAGAAUUCUUCGUCGGCGACCCUCUAAAAUACCAGGAGAGAUCCGCCGAAAUACUCAUGAAUCUGAAAUGCCCUACCUUAGGUGAUUUCAGGUGGUACAAAGACAUGUACUUCAGCAAAGUUCUUAUUAGAACAGAUAGUUCGUUGGAAUUCUGGAAAGAGAAUUUCGUCAAUGGACUACCAAAACACUUCUCAAGGAGGAUCAAAGAUGGUCUUAAGACAAAGUACAAUGGAACAAUUCCAUGGCAAACUUUGUCAUACGGAUCCAUAGCAUCCUUCAUCAUAGAAGAAGGACUCAGACUUUGUAAUGAGUCAAAGAUUCAAAACAAGCUCAAUUCUUCGAUAUCAAACAGAAAAGAGCUUGGUAGAUUUUGCGAUCAAUAUGGAUGCAAGGGAAUAGAAGCUCCCAAAACCUCCAGACAAAAGAAGGUUAAGACGCAUCCAAAACCUUAUCAUUCAUACAGGCCUAGAGAAGCAUAUCGGAGUAAACCCGUGCAGUCUCAGAAGCCAACAUAUUCAAGAAGGAAGUAUAUUCCUACAAAAACCCAUAGAGGAAAGAAAAAGCAAACUUGCUUCAAAUGUCGUGUAGAAGGACACUAUGCUAAAAAGUGUCCAAUCAAAGGAAAGAUCAAUGAGUUGGAUAUAGAUCAAGAGCUGAAAAAUCAGCUAUUACGACUGACCCUAACCAACUCAGAGCAAUCAGGCGAGGGAGAAAUCCUCAAACUCCAAGAAGAAUCUGAUUCAAAUUCCAGCACAAAAUACGAAUCAGAACAAGAAGGAAAAAGGACGUGCGAAGGAUGCAUAAAUGUCCUUACCAAGGAUCAAGAAAUUCUACUCGAAGUAGUAGAAAAAGUUCAAGACCAAGAAAUUCAAACAGAAGAUUGCUCAACGACUUAG